AUGGUUAAAAGACCAUUAGAAAAGCUUAUAGGCAGCUUCUAUGUUAUAACCCUAAUAUGCAUAUUUCUUAUUAAGUAUAUUAAGACCUUAAACUGUCUACUUAAGUAUGGAAAAAAUUAUGAAAACCCUCAAUCAAAAUCAACCAUAAUAAAUUAUCUAACUUCCAUCACCGUCCCCAAACGAUGGUUCCUUCAUUUUUAUAUCGUAUAUUUUGGAUGCUGUUUUAGUACCGGCUGCUUUCUAGAGCUAGUCCAAAGGGACUCGAGGCUUAAUUCAGUCAUAACUACAUUUAUUACGUCGUGGCUGCCUGCUUCUUUGGAAUCAGCACCUGCUAACUACAAACACUACAAGCUUAUAUUCUAUUUAUUAUGCUUUCAGUCGUUCCGUAGAUUGCUCGAAAGUAUGUACAUCACAAAAUUUUCUUCAAAAGCGAAGAUCAACGUCUUUCAUUAUAUUAUGGGGUUAGCCUUCUAUACCACUAUCUCAUUAAAUUGUUUCCUCAGUUUACUUCCAUACCAUUUGAAUACCGCGAUUAUUCCUGUUAAUGAUGCCUUUGAUCUCACUGAUAAGAUUUUAAUCACGUUAUUUAUAUGGCUAUCUAUUGACCAGUUCCAGAACCAUUACCACCUAUCAACCCUACCAAAAUAUUCCGUACCCAAGUUUGGAAUGUUUCAAUUAGUUGGAUCUGCCCAUUAUCUUGACGAGAUAAUACUAUAUUUAAUAGUUGCAAUGAUCGGUAACCUACACGAAAAAUUGUCGAUUAUUGAUAUAAACUACAUCCUAGGUUGGGCAUUUGUCGCAGUUAACCUAUCCAUUAGCUCAUUAGAGUCAUAUUCAUAUUACAAAGCUAAAUUUCCUGAGUUUACUGUGAAGUAUAGUAUUAUUCCUGGCAUUUUAUGA